AUGGGGCGUCAGCCUCCUCCACGAAAUCCGUCAAAUGCUGCAGCGGCCACUCGAGCCACUGCUCAGGCAUCUGGCAGCCCCGCUGCAAGGAUAUCGUGCAGUCCCACUGCACCGGGCAGUCCUGGAACUACGAUGCCCGGCAGAACGUCUCCAGCUGCUGUCGGAAGCCCCGAGAGAAUGACAGCCAGAACACCAACCGCACAGAGGUUACACGGAGCAGGUACGCCCAGCAGAGGAGGAGCAAGGAAUACCGGCAGUCCCGGAACUAGAACUUCCGUUAGGCUGGCUACCGCAACCGACAACCCCAGAGUAAGGACACCCAGCCAACGAGCUACACCGAAUAUUCCCGGCUCCAGAACUCCACCCGCCGCAACGGGCAGUCCCGGAACUAAAACACCAGCAUCUGCAGCUGAAAGUUCCAAAGCCAGAACCCCAGCUUCUUCAACGGGCAGUCCAGGGUCUAGAUGUCCGAGCCGAGCGGCGUUGAGGGUCAGCCCACGAGCGCGGUCACCAGGCAGAGCGGACAUUCCAGUCAAGACCAAAACUAAGACACCCUCCCAACCGCCUGUGUCGGAUAGCCCCGGUCAGCUCGUUAGCAAGGCAGUGAAGCCUCCUGGAACUGCGGGACGACCUGCAAGCUCCAACAGAGAUGCAGCCAUUGCGGCUAUCAUCUUAGCGUCCGGAGCCAGCACAGCAUUCAUAUCUGACGGUAGUUCACCUCCGAGAGCCAGCUCGCCGCCCGUGAGGUUCCAGGAAGCCAAAGCACCGAAUGUGAGAUUGGGACCUCCAAAGGUGUCGGCAACGAGCACCAACGCCACCGAGACCGCGGCCGCAUUUGAAGCCAGCGAAGGAAGGGACACGGCUGGCACCACAUUGGGUGUGACCACGGGUGCGACCACGGGCGCGACCACCGCGGCCACAACGCUCGAACCCGCGACGUUCGCCGACACCAGCGCCAGGAUGCCACCCUAUUCGUCGCCUCGUAAGGCCAUAACACCUAUUCACCCUUUCUGA